AUGAUGAAGGGCGUGCCUGGUGUCCGCGCGGAGCGGUUUCAGGAGGCGAUGCGGAUACGCCAUUGCGCGUUGAGUUUGGUGGGGGAGCCGAUUUUCUAUCCGCAUAUUAAUGAGUUUGUUGGGUUGCUGCACCGCGAGCAGAUAUCGAGCUUCUUGGUGUGUAAUGCGCAGCACCCGCAGCAGCUGCAGGAUCUGCAGAGGGUGACGCAGUUGUAUGUCUCGAUCGACGCGUCUAACAAGGAGAGUCUCCGCCGCAUUGACCGGCCACUGCAUCGGGAUUUCUGGGAGCGAUUUCAGUCGUGUUUGGAGAUUCUAAGGACGAAGCGGUUCGAGCAGAGGACGGUGUUUCGGUUGACGCUGGUCAAGGGGUUUAAUGUUGAGGACGAAGUCGCUGGGUAUGCGAAGCUUAUUGAGCAGGGGUUGCCUUGUUUCGUGGAGAUCAAGGGGGUUACGUACUGUGGCACGAGUAGUGCGGCGGGCGCGGGGCUCACGAUGGCGAACGUGCCGUUUUAUGAGGAGGUGGUGCAGUUCACUAAGGCGCUGAACGCAGCUCUCGCUGCCAAAGCCAAGGAGGCUGGCAAUGGCGAUUUGGAAUACGGUAUAGCGGCAGAGCAUGCGCACAGCUGCUGCAUUUUGCUCGCUUCCAAGCGCUUUCGGACCAACGAUCGCUGGCAUACACGCAUCGACUAUGGGAAGUUCUUCGAGCUGCUGGAAAAGGAGAAGAUGGAAGGUGUUGGCUUCAGACCGGAGGACUACUGUGCUGAGACGCCGGAGUGGGCGCUCUGGGGCAAUGGCGGCUUCGACCCCAGGGACGUGCGUGUGGAUAGGAAGGGCAGGCCUAUUGAUGCUGCUUGA